GAGACUUGUCUACUAACUCCAUAUCUGUGUCCCCCAUCCCAGGUUUCUGGUGGACGCCUGUGAGCAUCUCCGACCCCAUCUUCACGUCGAAGGGCUUUUCCGGAAAUGCGGUUCAAUGACCCGGAUCAAAGCUUUAAAGGCCCGGCUGGAAGCGGGCGAGCGGUGCCUGCACAUGGCGCUCCCGUGCGAUGUGGCCACUCUGGUGAAGCAGUUUUUGAGGAGCCUGCCUGAACCCCUGAUCCCCGCCGAGCUGCAAGACUCCCUCUGCCAGGUGCAGCAACAAAGCCGAGAAGAUCGGGACUCGCUGACUCUGCUCCUCACCUGUCUGCUUCCCCCGAGAAACGCCACCGUCCUCCGCUAUUUUCUGAGCUUCCUGCAGGAGGUUGUGGCCAGGUGCAGCCAGAACAAGAUGGACCUGGGCAACCUAGCCAUCAUCUUUGUGCCCAACCUCUUCUCCGGGGAGAUGUCCAGCCAGAUGGGCAUCAGCAAGGCGGAGGAGCGGCUGCGGAGUCAAGUGGCGGCCACUCGGGUGUUGAUCAGCCAUGCCUCGGAGAUUGGCACGAUUCCUGAGCCCCUCCAGGAAAAAAUUCACGCCGUUGUUUCAGACAUGGAAAGCAAACGGCGGUUUCAACCAGGCCAGGAAGAGGCUGAAGAUGCCCACGCCGCGGGGAGAAGGAGACAUCGGCGCAGCGUAAGCUAUAUGGUCAACGAGGCCCUGAGCAAAUUCAGGAGCUGUCGAACUUUUUGCGUCAGUCCUGACCUGGAAAUGAAACAGGAGUCUCAAGGUAGCCCAGACCUGAGAAUAUCCUUCGGCUCCAAGCGUAAAGCUUCUGAGGAGGUGGUGACAAUUACCGAACUUUCUAUCAAGAAAAGGAAAUCGGAUUUGGGAUUAACCAGUUCAGACCCCUUUGAGGAAAAUGGCGGGGAUUCUUCUGAUCAACCGGCUGACAUCACUUGGGUGCUAGGCGGCGCAGAACCUCCAGCCGGGAAAGUCCAACGGAAACAGAGCAGCAGCAGGAAACGCCUUCGGAGGAAGUCCACUACUCCUGCCUCCAACAGCUUUUCACCCUCCCUCACUGAGAGGAAACAAACAGGCCACAAAUCCCUGAGCAUCUUCUCUCGCAACAGCAAAGACCAGCCCUCAUCCCAGCAACCCCACACCCUCUCUGCCAAAGGGGCAGACCCCAGUGGAUGGUUCCCGCUGAAGAAGAGGAGGCAGGAAGCAGAAGAUCUCUCCAUGAUCCUGCCGCAGUGGGCCUGCCUGCAAUCCUACAAGGUCCAGGCCCAGGAAGAGCAAAGAGGGUCUCCAAGCUGCUCGCUCGGUGAAAAGGCAAGUGCUCGCGUCCCCUUAAACCCGAGGGCUUCGGAGGACGUGAAAUCCAGAAGACCCGCAGAAUCAAGGCCCUAUUUUGAGGUGCUCAAUUCCCAGCAGAACGCAGGGACCCCCCUUGGAAAGAGAGGGAUGUUGGCGAAGAUGGAGGCCCUGGCCGAGACGAGUAGGCAAGGCAUCGUGCUCGCCAUGUGCCACAAAGCUCUUCGGCGUUCUCUGAGCUGGCCGGAAGAGCUCUCGUUGAGGGAUGCCACAGAUGAAACUGAGUUCUCUCCAGAUGAAGCUGCCGCUAGCCCAGGAAGUCAGGAGGACCUCGGGCCAGCUGAGUCAGCUCAGCCUGGCAUGAAAGAAGUCGUAUCUAGCAUGAAACAACUCAGCCUUCACAUGGUGCGCGCGGCGUUACCAGAGAGCCCCAAAGCCGGCUGUUCAGGAGACGAAUCUUGCAAUCUUUCUCCGAAGCUGUUUCCAUCCCAAUCGGAAGCGUUGGAGGCUGGUGGGGGUCUCGACAGUCAAACCCCCCAAACUCCUGCAGGACAAUUCUCCCCCAACUCCCAACGGGCUCCACUCCGGUCCAACGAAGAGCCCCAAAUCACCAUCGCCCUCAACUCUCCCAAACCCAAAACCAGGCGCCGUUUUGGACGGUCGGUGAGCCACGAGAGUGGCCUUCCCUUGCAGGGCGAGGUCUCCAAGGGAGGGAAAUCCAAGACGCCCCUGCAGCAGCUCAAGGCUUGCGGCCGGCAAAUCUUCAUCACCCACAAGCACAUCAGGGGUUCUUUGGCUGGGCUGUGGGGCCGAAAAGAGGGCUACGGACCCAUGGGGGUCCCCCCAGACCAGCAGACCAGCCUCCUGUUGGAAGAUCACCAGAUGCCCCAGAGCUGUCGUUCUCCGCAAAACCCCCGCAAGGGAGUUGUAGAUGAUGGUUAGUUCAAGAUGCUCCGAUUUGUCAACACCAUUGACCGCAAAACAACACCACAGAAGUGUCU